AUGCGGGUACCUGGUCGGCCCAGGGUGGACCCCCACAUCUGGAAAGGCUGGCACGGCCUCCGGAAGGUGGUGAGCCGCCCAGAGACUCCUCUGAAGCCCGGGCUGUCCGUGGGCCUGGCUGCGGCGGCCGUCCGUGCAGUGGAUGCCGUCCUGGGCUCCGUGGUCCCCUCUGGCAUCCGCACAGAGGACCGGGCCUCAGCGGCUCCGGGGGCGCUGUGGUCGAGACCAGGGGAGCAGCCCCCCAUCUGGCAGUCUCUGCUGGGUGGCCCUCCUCAGGCCAGCCUCACGGAGCUGGUGGCGGAGGGGGAGGGGCCUGGCCGUCAGAGGGUGUUCGGCCUCAAGGCCUUGGUGGCUUACAGCAACUGCUCCGGUCCCAACGUGCUGGUCCUCGAUACCAGCCACGACUGGCCCGUGUACGUGAGCCCUGGCGUCCUGCUGCUCCUCUACUACACCGUGACCUCACUCCUCAAGCUGUGCACACACCAGCCCCUGGACCAGAGGAAGGAGGCAGCCGGGUACGACGAGGAGCAGGAGGUGGAACUGACUCACGUGGAUCAGUGGUCUCAGGGCCGGGCCGGGGCUGCGGCCACCAAGGAGGAGGGCGCUGCCCAGUGCGUGCCGCCCACGACCACGGGGCCAGACUGGGAGACCGCCGACAGCUGCACCGUGCACGACCUGACCGGCCACAGCCCCGUCCGGCAGCGCCCCCUGCACCCCAGGCUGUCGGAGCCUAGAGACGUGUCUCCCCUGCACGGUCUGGGCCAUCUCAUCAUGGACCAGAGCUACGUGUGCGCCCUCAUCGCCAUGAUGGUGUGGAGUAUCACCUACCACAGCUGGCUGACCUUCGUGCUGCUGCUCUGGGCCUGCCUCAUCUGGACGGUGCGCAGUCGUCACCAGCUGGCCAUGCUCUGUUCCCCCUUCAUCCUGCUCUACGGGCUGGCGCUGUGCGGGCUCCGCUACGUGUGGGCCAUGGACCUGCGUCCCGAGCUGCCCACCACCCUGGGCCCGGUCAGCCUGCGUCAGCUGGGGCUGGAGCACACCCGCUACCCUUGCCUGGACCUUGGCGCCAUGCUGCUGUGCAACCUGACCUUCUGGCUCCUGCUGCGCCAGUUCGUGAAGGAGAAGCUGCUAAGGAAGGCCAAGAGCGCUGCCGGCCUGCUGGGGGUCGCCGUGGCCGACCCAGAGCCCACGCGGACACGGACGCUGCUCCGGAGCCUGGGCGAGCUGGUCACGGGCCUGUACGCCAAGUACUGGAUCUACGUGUGCGCCGGCAUGUUCGUCGUGGUCAGCUUUGCCGGCCGCCUCGUCGUCUACAAGAUCGUGUACAUGCUUCUCUUCCUGCUGUGCCUCACGCUCUUCCAGGUCUACUACAGCCUGUGGAGGAAGCUGCUCAAGGCGUUCUGGUGGCUCGUGGUGGCCUACACCAUGCUGGUGCUCAGCGCCGUCUACACCUUCCAGUUCCAGGACUUCCCCACCUACUGGCGCAACCUGACCGGCCUCACGGAUGAGCAGCUGGCGGACCUGGGUCUGGAGCAGUUCAGCGUGUCCGAGCUCUUCUCCAGCAUCCUGGUCCCCGGCUUCUUCCUGCUGGCCUGCAUCCUGCAGCUGCAUUAUUUCCACCAGCCCUUCAUGCGGCUCACCGACCUGGGGCGCGCGCCCCCGCCCGGCGCCCACCUCCCGCGCUGGGCUCGAAGGCAGGACGCGGUCAGCGGGACCCCGCUGCUGCAGGAGGAGGAGGAGGUGGCCAGGGAGGACGGACUGAGCGGGGCCGGCCCCCAGCAGGCCGUGCAGGUCCCCGAAGCCGCCACCAGCAAGUGGGGCCUGGUGGCCGAGCGGCUGCUGGACCUGGCUGACCGCUUCUCCGAGGUCCUCACCCGCGUGCAGGUGUUGGUGCGACGCCUGCUGGAGCUACACGUCCUCAAGCUGGUGGCCCUGUACACUGUGUGGGUGGCCCUGAAGGAGGUGUCGGUGAUGAACCUGCUUCUGGUCGUGCUGUGGGCCUUCGCCCUGCCCUACCCCCGCUUCCGGCCCAUGGCCUCCUGCCUGUCCACCGUGUGGACCUGCAUCAUCAUCGUGUGCAAGAUGCUGUAUCAGCUGAAGGUCGUCAGCCCGCACGAAUACUCCAGCAACUGCACCGAGCCCCUCCUCAACAGCACCAACCUGCAGAAAACGGAGAUCAAGCAGUCCCUGCUGUACCGGGGACCCGUCGACCCUGCCAACUGGUUUGGGGUCCGGAAGGGCUUCCCGAACCUGGGCUACAUCCAGAACCACCUGCUGGUCCUGCUGCUGCUGGUGUUCGAGGCCAUUGUUUACCGGCGCCAGGAGCACCACCGUCGGCAGCACCAGCCGGCCCCGCUGCCUGCCCAGGCCGUCUGUGCCGACGGCACCCGACAGCGGCUGGACCAGGAUCUUCUCAGCUGCUUCAAGUACUUUGUCAACUUCUUUUUCUACAAAUUUGGGCUGGAGAUCUGCUUCCUGAUGGCCGUGAACGUGAUUGGGCAGCGCAUGAAUUUCAUGGUCAUCCUGCACGGCUGCUGGCUGGUAGCCAUUCUUACCCGCCGGCACCGCGGAGCCAUCGCCCGCCUCUGGCCCAACUACUGUCUGUUCCUGGCGUUGUUCUUCCUGUACCAGUACCUGCUGUGCCUGGGCAUCCCCCCGGCCCUGUGCCUUGACUACCCGUGGCGGUGGAGCCAGGCCAUCCCCAUGAACUCUGCGCUCAUCAAGUGGCUGUACCUGCCCGACUUCUUCAGAACCCCCAACUCCACCAACCUCAUCAGUGACUUCCUUCUGCUGCUGUGCGCCUCCCAGCAGUGGCAGGUGUUCGCAGCCGAGCGCACGGAAGAGUGGCAGCACGUGGCCGGCACCAACACCGACCGCCUGGAGGUGCCGCAGGGCGAGCCCGACCCCGUGCCCAACUUCAUUUACUGCAGGUCCUACCUCGACAUGCUGAAGGUGGCCGUCUUCCGCUACCUCUUCUGGCUGGUGCUGGUGGUGGUGUUCGUCACGGGAGCCACCCGCAUCAGUAUCUUCGGGCUGGGCUACCUGCUGGCCUGCUUCUACCUGCUGCUCUUCGGCACCAGCCUGUUGCAGAAGCACACGCGUGCCCGCCUCCUGCUGUGGGACUGCCUCAUUCUGUACAACGUCACCGUCAUCAUCUCCAAGAACAUGCUUUCGCUCCUGUCCUGCGUGUUCGUGGAGCAAAUGCAGAGCAGCUUCUGCUGGGUCAUCCAGCUCUUCAGCCUCGUGUGCACCGUCAAAGGCUACUAUGACCCCAAGGAGAUGCUGAGCCGGGACCGGGACUGCCUGCUGCCCGUGGAGGAGGCUGGCGUGCUCUGGGACAGCGUGUGCUUCCUGUUCCUGCUGCUCCAGCGCCGCGUGUUCCUCAGCCGCUACUUCCUGCACGUCAGUGCGGAGCUCCAGGCCACUGCCUUGCAGGCCUCCAGGGGCUUCGCGCUGUACAACGCGGCCAACCUCAAGAGCAUUGAGCUCCAUCGCAAGGCGGAGGAGAAGUCCCUGGCCCAGCUGAAGAGACAGAUGGAGCGCAUCCGCGCCAAACAGGAGAAGCACAGGCAGAGCCGGGCUGGCCGCAGCCGCCCCCAGGAGCCCCAGGGCCCCCCCCAGGAGCCGGGGCCUGGCAGUCCACGGGGCUCGUCCCCGCCACGGAGGCAGUGGUGGCGGCCCUGGCUGGACCACGCCACAGUUAUCCACUCGGGGGACUACUUCCUGUUCGAGUCUGACAGUGAGGAGGAGGAGGAGACCCCGCCCGAGGACCCCAGGCCUUCGGCACAGAGCGCUUUCCAGCUGGCGUACCAGGCAUGGGUGACCAACGCGCAGACGGUGCUGAGGAGGCAGCGGGAGGAGCAGGCGAGGCAGGAGCAGGCAGGGCAGCUGCCCGCAGGAGGCGGCCCGGGCGCGGAGGCGGAGCCGGCGGAGGGCCCAGACCAAGAGGCGGCUGGCCACAGCCACGUGAUGCAGCGGGUGCUGAGCGCCGUGCAGUUUCUGUGGGUGCUGGGGCAGGCGCUGGUGGACGGGCUGACGGACUGGCUGCGCACCUUCACACGGCACCACCGCGCCAUGAGUGACGUGUUGCGCGCCGAGCGCUACCUGUACACGCAGGCGCUGCUCAGGGGCCAAGAGGUACACCGGGGCCUGCUGGACCAGCUGUAUGCCAGGGGCGCGGAGGCCGCACCACCAGGCUCCUCGGGGGCCCGAGACGCACCCGGCGCGGCGGCAAGUGGGCCGGGGGCCCAGGAGCCACUGAGCGCCGCCACGGAGGCCACCGGCGGCUCCCUGAGCACGGGGUGCGACGCCCGCAGCAGCGGCGAGGACGCGACCGCCGAGCCCGGGGCUUCCCUGCACAGCUCCCGGGAGCUUCCCGCCGGUGCUUCCACCCGGACCCGCACCGCCAGCGAGCUGCUCCUCAACAGGCACCUGCACAUCCAGGAGCUGGAGGAGGCCCAGCAGUUCGAAGCGAGGCAGGGCCGGGCGCUGCGGCUGCUGCAGGCCGCCUACCAGUGCGUGGCCGCCCACUCGGAGCUGCUCUGCUAUUUCGUCAUCAUCCUCAACCACAUGGUCACCGCCUCGGCCACCUCCCUGGUGCUGCCCGUGCUCGUCUUCCUGUGGGCCAUGCUGUCCAUCCCGAGGCCCAGCAAGCGCUUCUGGAUGACGGCCAUCGUCUUCACCGAGGUGACCGUGGUCACCAAGUACCUGUUCCAGUUUGGCUUCUUCCCCUGGAACACCCACGCGGUGCUCCGGCGCUACGAGAACAAGCCGUACUUCCCGCCACGGAUCCUGGGCCUGGAGAAGACCGACGGCUACGUCAAGUACGACCUAGUACAGCUCAUGGCCCUGUUCUUCCACCGCUCCCAGCUGCUGUGCUACGGCCUCUGGGACCAUGAAGGGGACCAACUCUCCAAGGACCACGACCGCGGCACUGGGAAGAAGGGGGCUGAAGAGGAGCAGACGUCACCGGGACCCCUGGGAGAACCAGGGGUGGCUGGGGCCCUCGCCCAGUACCACAUGCAGGCGGAAGCAGGGGAUGGGCCCCCAGAGCCUCCCGUGGAGCCCCAGCCCCGAGACCCAAAGCCGAUCAGCCUGCGUUUCAGGAAGAGGAGAAGGGAGAGCACAGAGCCUGUGGAGCCCACAGCCGUUGAAGGCGUCGUGGCGGCGGCCCCGGGGAGCGAGAGGUGGAGUCGCCCUCGGGAAAGGGCGAGAGCCCUGGGGCUCCGACUGCAGAGCUGCUGCCUGGCCCUGGCCCAGAGCGUGUACCGGCCCCUGCACUGCUUUUUCCACGACAUCCUGCACACCCAGUACCGCGCGGCCACUGACGUCUACGCCCUCAUGUUCCUGGCGGACGUCGUUGACUUCAUCAUCAUCAUCUUUGGCUUCUGGGCCUUUGGGAAACACUCAGCAGCCACAGACAUCACGUCCUCACUGUCAGACGACCAGGUGCCCGAGGCCUUCCUGGUCAUGCUGCUCAUCCAGUUCAGCACCAUGGUCAUCGACCGCGCCCUCUACCUCCGCAAGACCGUGCUGGGCAAGCUGGCCUUCCAGGUGGUCCUGGUGCUGGCCAUCCACCUCUGGAUGUUCCUCAUUCUGCCCGCGGUCACCGAGAGGAUGUUCAGCCAGAACGCAGUGGCCCAGCUGUGGUACUUCGUCAAGUGCGUCUACUUCGCCCUGUCCGCCUACCAGAUCCGCUGCGGCUACCCCACCCGCAUCCUGGGCAACUUCCUCACCAAGAAGUACAACCACCUCAACCUCUUCCUCUUCCAGGGUUUCCGGCUCGUGCCGUUCCUGGUGGAGCUGCGGGCCGUGAUGGACUGGGUGUGGACGGACACCACGCUGUCCCUCUCCAGCUGGAUGUGUGUGGAGGACAUCUACGCCAACAUUUUCAUCAUCAAGUGCAGCCGAGAGACCGAGAAGAAAUACCCACAGCCCAAGGGGCAGAAGAAGAAGAAGGUGGUCAAGUACGGCAUGGGCGGGCUCAUCAUCCUGUUCCUCGUGGCCAUCAUCUGGUUCCCUCUGCUCUUUAUGUCCCUGGUGCGCUCCGUGGUCGGCGUCGUCAACCAGCCGAUCGACGUCACCGUCACCCUCAAGCUGGGUGGCUACGAGCCCUUGUUCACCAUGAGCGCGCAGCAGCCGUCCAUCGUGCCCUUCACGCAACAGGCCUAUGAGGAGCUGUCCAGACACUUCGACCCGAACCCUCUGGCCAUGCAGUUCAUCAGCCAGUACAGCCCCGAGGACAUCGUCACGGCGCAGAUCGAAGGCAGCUCCGGGGCACUGUGGCGCAUCAGCCCGCCCAGCCGGGCCCAGAUGAAGCGGGAGCUGUACAACGGCACCACCGACAUCACCCUGCGCUUCACCUGGAAUUUCCAGAGGGACCUGGCCAAGGGCGGCACCGUGGAAUACACCAACGAGAAGCACACCCUGGACCUGGCUGCCAAUAGCAGUGAGCGGAGGCAGCUGGCCAGCCUGCUGGAGGGCACCUCGGACCAGUCGGUGGUCAUCCCCAAUCUCUUCCCCAAGUACAUCCGUGCUCCCAACGGGCCCGAGGCCAACCCCGUGAAGCAGCUGCAGCCCAACGAGGAGGCCGACUACCUCGGAGUGCGCAUCCAGCUGCGGAGGGAGCGCGUGGGCUCGGGGGCCGCCGGCUUCCUGGAGUGGUGGGUCAUCGAGCUGCAGGACUGCCAGGCCGAAUGCAACCUGCUCCCCAUGGUCAUCUUCAGCGACAAGGUCAGCCCGCCCAGCCUCGGCUUCCUGGCCGGCUACGGGAUCAUGGGGCUCUACGUGUCCAUCGUGCUGGUCAUCGGCAAGUUCGUGCGUGGCUUCUUCAGCGAGAUCUCCCACUCCAUCAUGUUUGAGGAGCUACCCUGCGUGGACCGCAUCCUCAAGCUCUGCCAGGACAUCUUCCUGGUGCGGGAGACGCGCGAGCUGGAGCUGGAGGAGGAGCUCUACGCCAAGCUCAUCUUCCUGUACCGCUCGCCCGAGACCAUGAUCAAGUGGACCCGCGAGAAGGAGUAGGAGCCAGGGCCCCGCACCCAGGCAGGAAGGAGCCACCCGGCAGACCGCCGGGCCCUGAUGCUGCUGCCGGAACGAAGGAAGGAAGCUGUGGCCCCUCCCCCGCCCAGCUCAGGGCACCUCCUCGUCCCCGAGGGCCCCACGCGGCCGGCACGCUGGGCUGGGGCUGGGGCGUCCAGCCUUCCCCUCCCCACGAGUACUGUAGGGUUUUCUAAUUAAAAGUAUUUUUAUUUAUGCGA